AGAGAGAGAAAGCAAGUAGAGAGAGAGAGAAAGCAAGUAGAGAGAGAGAGGCAGGCUGUCUGAAGACUAGAGCAUCAGCAUGGAACUGCUGGUGCCUGAGAAUUCUGAUACCCAGCUCCCUCAGUGAACAAGUUACUGAGCUACCUUGCAAGAGGAUGUGAGCUCUGAGUCCCUGCAAGAGAAAACAGACCAGAUCUUGGAAUAGUUCACCUUACUCCUACAUCUCUGAGGAAGAGGGUUUUUUCUGAACACAAUAUAUGUACAUAUUUCAAGCCCCUUUCCAACCUUCCCAAGUUCCAGUAUUGACUAUAUACAGUUUGAGCCUCCAGUCCCUCUCAAAGACAAUUGCUUCUGUAUUGUGGAAGGGUUAUAAUCUGUGUCCCUGGAUGGAGCAGCACAUCAAUACAAUUAAAGGCCCAAGAAGUGUUGAAGAAAUAUAAUGAAGUAUCGAUUGAUGGUUUAUACUUCAGUUGGCUAUUAGGAAGCUUGGAGAACUGUUUCAUGACUUUAAUUAAAAAUCUCAACUAUUUAUAAGAAUAUUCGCAGAUAUUGUUAGAGGAUCUGACUACCGCAUACUCCACCAAAAUAUCGCACAGGGAUCCUUAAGGACCAAACGUAAUCAUCAUACUAUUCCUGGAAUCUUUUCUUGCUUGGUUCAGUUUUCUUCCAAGGACACAAUACAAACCAGCCUCACCAUUUCUGAAUGUACAGGUAGAAAAUGGUCAGAUGUGGAUAUCCACUGUGAAGACUUGGAAUCUGACACCUACAAUUUCAUUUUAAAAAUACUAUUUCAGGAUGUAAAUAUGGUUUGACCUUUCCCCAAUGGGUAGUUAAACCAUGGACAAGCUAAGAAACUCACUUUGGACUGUUUUUCCAAACAAGGCUUUGCCUUCCUUCUUCAGUGCCCAAUAAGGGACUAUCGUUGAUAAGGGAAAGAAAGAAAAUCCUUGAACUGGAAAGUUAUCCUACAAUGAGAAUUACGAGUACAUCUUGCAUCUGCCCAGUCCUAGUUUGUCUCUGUUUUGUGCAGAGGUGUUAUGGGGCUGCUCACCACAGCUCCAUCAAGGUGACCAGGAAUCAAACCAAACACAUAGAGGGUGAAACAGAAGUCCACCAUCGCCCCAAACGUGGAUGGGUGUGGAACCAAUUCUUCGUUUUAGAAGAACACAUGGGACCAGAUCCUCAAUAUGUGGGAAAACUACACUCCAAUUCUGACAAAGGUGAUGGAUCAGUCAAAUACAUCCUUACUGGAGAAGGGGCUGGGACAAUAUUUAUCAUUGAUGACACCACAGGAGACAUUCAUUCAACCAAAAGUCUAGAUCGAGAGCAGAAGACCCACUAUGUCCUUCAUGCCCAGGCAAUUGAUAGACGGACAAAUAAGCCUCUCGAACCUGAGUCUGAAUUCAUUAUCAAAGUCCAAGACAUCAAUGACAAUGCACCCAAAUUUACAGAUGGACCAUACAUCGUAACUGUGCCAGAAAUGUCCGACAUGGGUACCUCUGUUCUACAGGUGACAGCUACAGAUGCAGAUGACCCAACCUAUGGAAACAGUGCUCGGGUGGUGUAUAGUAUUCUUCAAGGACAGCCAUACUUCUCUGUUGAUCCCAAAACAGGAGUUAUAAGGACAGCCCUGCAUAACAUGGACAGGGAAGCCAGAGAGCACUACUCUGUGGUCAUUCAAGCCAAAGAUAUGGCUGGACAAGUUGGAGGCCUUUCAGGAUCCACCACCGUAAAUAUUACGCUCUCAGAUGUCAAUGACAACCCACCUAGAUUUCCACAGAAACACUAUCAGCUCUAUGUUCCUGAAUCGGCUCAAGUUGGUUCAGCUGUAGGAAAGAUUAAGGCAAAUGAUGCUGAUACUGGAACAAAUGCUGACAUGAAAUAUACAAUCAUCAAUGGUGAUGGCAUUGGAGUCUUUGCCAUAGCAACUGACAAAGAGACAAGAGAAGGCAUUCUUUCCUUGAAGAAGCCACUGAAUUAUGAAAAGAAGAAGUCCUAUACUCUCAACAUAGAAGGAGCAAAUACACAUCUUGAUUUCCGAUUUUCUCACUUGGGCCCAUUUAAAGAUGUCACCAUGCUGAAGAUUAUUGUGGGAGAUGUUGAUGAACCACCACUCUUUUCAAUGCCUUCCUAUGUUAUGGAUGUUCAUGAGAAUGAGAAGAUUGGAACAGUGGUUGGCACAGUGGCUGCUCAAGAUCCAGACAUUGCUAAUAGCUUAGUAAGAUAUUUCAUUGACCACAGUGCUGAGGAUGAUAGGUUUUUCAACAUUGAUGCUAACACUGGAACCAUUAAGACUGCAAAAGUCCUUGACAGAGAGGAAACACCAUGGUACAACAUCACUGUUGCUGCUUCAGAAAAGGACAAUCCUAGCCUGCUGAGCCACGUUGCAGUUGGCAUUCGAGUUCUGGAUGUCAAUGACAACCCACCAGAGCUUGCCAAGGAGUAUGAUAUUGUUGUUUGUGAAAAUUCUAAGCCCGGCCAGGUUAUACAUACCAUCAGUGCCACUGAUAAAGAUGAUUUUGCAAAUGGACCAAGAUUCCACUUCUUUCUGGAUGAAGGUCUGGCUCUGAAUCCCAACUUCACACUGAAGGACAAUGAGGAUAACACAGCCAGCAUUCUGACAAGGCGGAGGAGAUUUAGUCGAACUAUUCAGGAUGUGUAUUAUCUCCCCAUUAUGAUCUCUGAUGGUGGAAUCCCCUCUCUCAGCAGCAGCAGCACCCUCACCAUCAGGGUAUGUGCAUGUGAGAGAGAUGGGCGUGUGCGGACCUGCCAUGCUGAAGCCUUCCUGUCCUCUGCUGGCUUAAGUACAGGAGCCUUAAUUGCAAUUCUUCUCUGUGUCCUCAUUCUCUUGGCGAUUGUGGUUCUCUUCAUCACUCUCAGACGAAGCAAGAAAGAGCCCUUGAUCAUUUCAGAGGAGGAUGUGCGGGAAAAUGUUGUCACCUAUGAUGAUGAAGGGGGUGGGGAGGAAGAUACAGAAGCCUUUGACAUCACAGCCCUGAGGAAUCCAUCAGCUGCUGAGGAGCUAAAAUAUAGAAGAGAUGUUCGACCUGAAGUGAUGCUUACACCCCGACAUCAACCUUCAUCCACUCUUGAGAGUAUAGAUGUUCAGGAAUUUAUUAAACAAAGACUGGCAGAGGCAGAUCUUGACCCCAGUGUCCCUCCCUAUGACUCUCUACAGACCUAUGCAUAUGAGGGCCAUAGAUCUGAAGCUGGGUCUAUCAGCUCCCUGGAUUCAGCAACUACACACUCAGACCAGGAUUACAAUUAUCUUGGUGACUGGGGGCCAGAGUUUAAAAAGUUAGCUGAACUCUAUGGAGAAUUAGAAUCAGAAAGAACAAGUUAGGGAUGAGCACUCUUGGAAUUUGCUUCCUGGGCAACUGGAUGUAUAAACGCAAGUAAUGGCAAUGAUACCAGGGACGGCAAUAGUGCUGGGAACAGAGCAAGCCUGCACAGUCACUGUAGAAGCAAGUGCCCUUUUCAUGUGUGAAACUGGGUUCUUUGAUUGGAAGAAAGUCAAAUUUUGAAAAUACAGAGGAAAAAAAAAAGAAGCUAUUGUUCCUUGUGUAUAUUUUUUAAAUGCUCAAUAAAGUCUGUGGUACUGUUUCAUUACCAAUACCCUAAAUAAGCCAAACAAUGACAUUUUAUUGCAAUAUGCUUUUUUUCCUAAAUCUUAUUUGAAGGCAGAUGAAUACAAACACUCCCAAUAAUUAAUAUGUAAUGUUUGUAGAGAUGGUACCUUGGAGUGUUCAUCUAAAUGGAGGUGAGCCUUGUAUUUCCAAUUCUCUGGGAUGACUUGGGAAAGCCCAGACUGAGACUCUAGCCUGCAGCCUGCUGAAAUAGCAGACCUCUUCAUUCUCAUCCCACCUGGGCUUUCAAUUACAUUGAAUGAAACCUUUCUGAAACACCAGGCUUCCCUGAUAUGGACUUGUAUGCUUAGUUCCUUUUUGCCCUCCCCUCUUCUUCUCUCCACAAGAAAAUGAUGGAGCAUGGGGAUUUGCUGCCUGUACUGUUAUGUAUGCAACUUCUCAGCACCAAAUGUGCACUGUUGCAGAGCAUAGAGACUUGUCUCUGUUGCCUUUUUUCUUCUUUCUUUUUAACUUUUUUUUUUAACUGGAGAGUUUCUUUUUUCCCCUAGAUAGAAUGAAUGAUUUAAAAGUUAUUCUAUACUCAGUGAAGCUGAGCAUGAAGGCAUGGGCAGACUUGAGAAAAACCACAAUAGAAGGAAAUAUUAACCUCUGCAACUGUUUGAGUAACUCUUUUCCUGGAUUCAUGACUAAUAACCAAUCAUAUGCUGCACACUGCACUGAGAAUCAAACAUCAUCAAAAGGGUUCUUUUUCAAUCUAAUAAAUUUACUUGUGAGGAAAAUAUGAUCAGUUUAAUUAGAGAAUAUUGGCUGUGGGCCUCAUGCUCACUAAGUAGUUACCAUUUUAAAAAGAAAACACUAAUUUUUUCAAUAAAAGAUAAAACAAUUCCAAGCUGCAAAGUUAAUAUUUGUUGGACCCAAUUCUAAUUGGCAGUCACUCAUAUCUUUAUUGUUUUUCUGCUCUCCUCAUCCCUGUGGUGCCUUCUCUUAUAUUCUAAGUCCUUCCCUGUCCUUUCCCUUCCUGAUUUUUUUUCUUUAUAUUUUCCAGUAUCAUGAGCUUACUAAAACCAAGAAGAGGAAGUAAACAUAGAAAAGAGGAGUUUUAUCUUUGUGGAUUAUAUAAAGACCAUUCAAAUUCAUAUAGCUAAUUAGAUUAUCAUAUCUGGAAAAUUAAUAUAGUAAUUAGGUAAGUGACAAAUGGAUCUUCUUAAAAUUUACAAAUUAGUUUUCAGAGCUUUGUGGAAUUACAAGGGACCUAAAAGGAAACAAACUAAAUAGCCUCUAAAUAACUUUCCAACUAUAGGUUGGGAGUCUGGUCAAAAGAGGGAAAGAUCAAUAAUACCAAAGCUUCUCCACAACUCUUGAUCCAUUUCAUAAUUUAUAUACCACAUAAUUUUUCUUUAGACACAUGUAGGAUUGGAUUUGGGGGGGGCGAGGGAAGAAUAGAGAUUUAAAUAUAGUGAUAUAAGAUUAUGAGAUGAAAACAACAAAGAUAUAGUUUGAGUUUGAGGUUUGAUGACUUCUAAGGUCCUUUUCAGGUCUAGAAUGUUUUCAUUUUUAGUUUUGGAAGAGUAUAAAAUUCAAUUUGUCAUUUGUCCAAGCCUACCCCUUAUUUUGUAAUUUAUUAUAUGGUUAUUUUCUGUCCUACAUUCUCUUGCUCCCCAUUAAGCAUUUAGCUAUGAAAAGCCACAAAUCAUGACAAAGAUGCAUGACCCAUAGCAACAAUAAAUGAAACCAAGACCAUUAAGAGACAAUGAAUAUGUUUUCUGAUGGCUGUCUUUACCUAUUAGACACUCCUCAUUGGAGAUAUUGAAAUAUUUUGCUAUUAUUUGAUUACUUAAUUAACUUAAGCUUUGCAAAAUCUCCCUAGCAAAUUCUGUACACACACACACACACACACACACACACACACACACACACAACCUCCCCACCUAAAACUCCUCCUCUCCCCAACCCCAAUCUGUAAGCAAACCUGUGGUAUGUUAGAAAGCACCAUAGUCUUGGAGUAAGAAAGACCUGGGCUCUACUCUCAGCUCUGCUACUCAUGAGUCAUGUGGCUUUGGGCAAGUCACAUAAACUGUUUGAGCCUCAGUUCCCUCAUCUGCAAAAUGGGGAUAAUAAUACCUAUUCUGCCUACCUCACAGGGUUGUUGUGAGGAUCAAAUAACGUGAAAGUGCUUUGUAAAUUGUAAAGCGCUGUUAAAAUGUAGGGUAUUAUUAUGUUUUUAUUUGGUCAGAGCAGUUGUCUACUUCUGAUUGGUCCAUGAUGCUUACACACACACAUACACACAAACACACAUACACACACUCAUGCAUAUAUAUAUAUAAGGCUUUAUAUUUUUAACAUAAAAUAUAUAUUAUUCAUGUGACAACAUCAUGGAACAAUCAGGAGUGUGGAGUUGUUGUUAACUGAGUAUAUAUAAUAGAUUAUGACAUUUCAGCCUUCUCCUAACUAAGGUGAAUUUUGAACUCCUUGUAUUUUCUCUCGAUUGUUUCAAAGCCUUCUUGGCAUGGACUAUCAGUAUAUAUUCUUUGGCAAUGGGGAAAGCUAAGUGUUUCAGAAUGGUACAAGAAACCCUUGUAUAUCCACCAAACAAGCAAAAGCUAUAAGAGUGCUUUUUUUCCCCUUUGCUAUUUUUAUGGAUCACAAUCAAGUGCCCCAAUUAACCAAUAAACAUCAGUCAGCUUUCUGAUUCUACCCUUGUGCAAACUAUUGGAUUUAGCAUUUUCUCUUGAAUCUGCUCUAUGCUAUUAUAUAUUAAAAUUUCGAGGUUUGGAAACUAGGUAAGCUUAAUUUGAAUAAUUCUUAAUUUAUGUUUCAAGACUGAGGAAUAAAAUGUAAUUUAGCUUUUUGCACUGUC